GGUAAAUCAUUCUCUGAAAAUGGUACUUUCACUAAACACAAACGCAUUCAUACAGGAAAGAAGCCAUUUCAUUGUAAGAUCUGUGGCAAAUCAUUCAUUGAAAGUGGUAACUUGAAUAACCAUAAGCGUGUUCAUACAGGAGAGAAACCACAUCAUUGUGAUAUCUGUGGUAAAACAUUCUCUCAAAGUAAUGGCUUAACUAGACACAAACGUAUUCAUACAGGAGAGAAGCCAUAUCAUUGUAAUAGCUGUGGUAAAUCAUUUUCUGAAAACACCACUUUAACUAUUCACAAAUAUACUCAUACAAGCGAGAAGCUAUAUCAUUGUGACAUCUGUGCUAAAACAUUCUCUUGUAGUAGCCACUUGACUAAACACAAACACCAGCGUAUUCAUACAGGGGAGAAGCCAUAUCAGUGUGAUAUCUGUGGUAAAUCAUUCACUGCAAACAGUGACUUGACUAGACACAAGCGUGUUCAUACAGGAGAGAAACCCUAUCAUUGUGAUAUCUGUGACAAAUCAUUUUCUGAAAGAGGUGUCUUAACAAGACACCAGCAUAUUCAUACAGGGGAGAAGCCAUAUCAGUGUGAUAUCUGUGGUAAAUCAUUCACUGCAAACAGUGACUUGACUAGACACAAGCGUGUUCAUACAGGAGAGAAACCCUAUCAUUGUGAUAUCUGUGACAAAUCAUUUUCUGAAAGAGGUGUCUUAACAAGACAUCAUCGUAUUCAUACAGGGGAGAAGCCAUAUCAGUGUGAUAUCUGUGGUAAAUCAUUCACUGCAAACAGUGACUUGACUAGACACAAGCGUGUUCAUACAGGAGAGAAACCCUAUCAUUGUGAUAUCUGUGACAAAUCAUUUUCUGAAAGAGGUGUCUUAACAAGACAUCAUCGUAUUCAUACAGGGGAGAAGCCAUAUCAGUGUGAUAUCUGUGGUAAAUCAUUCACUGCAAACAGUGACUUGACUAGACACAAGCGUGUUCAUACAGGAGAGAAACCCUAUCAUUGUGAUAUCUGUGACAAAUCAUUUUCUGAAAGAGGUGUCUUAACAAGACAUCAUCGUAUUCAUACAGGGGAGAAGCCAUAUCAGUGUGAUAUCUGUGGUAAAUCAUUCACUGCAAACAGUGACUUGACUAGACACAAGCGUGUUCAUACAGGAGAGAAACCCUAUCAUUGUGAUAUCUGUGACAAAUCAUUUUCUGAAAGAGGUGUCUUAACAAGACACCAGCAUAUUCAUACAGGGGAGAAGCCAUAUCAGUGUGAUAUCUGUGGUAAAUCAUUCACUGCAAACAGUGACUUGACUAGACACAAGCGUGUUCAUACAGGAGAGAAACCCUAUCAUUGUGAUAUCUGUGACAAAUCAUUUUCUGAAAGAGGUGUCUUAACAAGACACCAGCGUAUUCAUACAGGGGAGAAGCCAUAUCUGUGGUAAAUCAUUCUCAAAAGAAUCCCACUUCAGUAGACAUAUGAGUAUACACACACAUGUGUGACUAUAUAGGUAUUAAAAUUUUUUACAACAUGCCUAAAAUUACUUCUAGUUUUUCUACAAAGAGACAGGGAUUUUUUUUAUCUCUUCAAAUUUCAUGUUAUCAACUUCAAUUUCAUCAAUGUCAACAUCAAAUUCAGCAAAGACUUUGAUUUCUGAAGAUGGUCAUGCUGGAGUUUUGAGGAAUUUGUUAUUAGAGAAUAAAGAAACGGGAAUAAUGAAUAAAAACU